GCCAUUCGAUUUCCAAAAACUUGCAGUCAUGGCAGGUAUCAAGCUCCAAGGUCCAAGACUCCACCUCCUUGUUGCAGCGGUCGGCGCCCUUGCCUUUUUGUUACAGGGAUAUGACCAAGCUGUCAUCAACGGACUGUUGAGCUUGCGAACUUGGGAGAAGACUUUCCCUCAAAUCAAUACCACGAACAACAAGUCGAUCGAACGUUCGCUCGUACAAGGCACAGCUGUUGCAAUCUAUGAAGUUGGCUGUGCACUCGGUGCUCUGUCAUGUUUUUUUAUCGGCGACAUACUAGGUAGACGCAAGACCAUCUUUGGCGCAUCAUGCUUCGUCUUGGUUGGCGUCACAAUCCAGGCUUCAUCCUUCAGUCUCGGACAGCUCAUUGCCGCACGAAUCAUUACUGGUCUUGGAGUGGGCGCUUUUACAGCAACGGUCCCCAUGUGGGUCACUGAAUGUUCGAAUGCUCACAGCAGAGGCAAGAUGGUAAUGCUUGAAGGCAUGUUCGCGAUUGGUGGCGUAGCGCUUGCGGUCUGGUUAGACUUUGGCUUCUUCUUUCUGAAGAACAACUCUGCGAAUUGGAGGUUCCCAAUUGCAUUCCAGGCCGUAUUCGCACUAGGUGUCGCUUCACUUAUAUUCAUGCUACCGGAAUCGCCUCGUUGGUACAUCAAGAACGAGAACUACGAAGCCGCGCUCAAAUCAUUGUCCCGCCUCAAUGGACUGCCCGAAGACUCGACGUUACUCCAACAAGAAGUGGAAGUUAUCAGAGAUUCCAUCACCCAGGAACAUGUCGGAGCUUCUAGCAAUCCUUUCGCUCGAACACCAAAUCGACACUUGAGUCGUACAUUGAUUGCAAUUUGCAUUAAUAUGCUCGCUCAAAUGACAGGUGUCAAUAUCAUCACUUUCUACUCGAAUGAGAUUUUCCAACAGAUCUUGGGGUACAGCGGCACAACUUCGCGCGUCAUCUCAGGAUGUCUGCAGAUCUGGCAAUUCUGUAUGGCGGCAUUGGCUGUCCUGUUGAUCGACCGGCUCGGACGUCGGAAGCUGCUGCUGAUCGGAGCUGCUGGCAUGGCAAUUUCUCAAGCUGGCCAAGCUGCACUCACCAAGUAUUCACACACUAGUAAAAGUAUCGCUGGUGCAACGCUCCUGUUCGAUUUCUCGGCUUUGGCUUUCUUUCCCAUCGGAUUGUUCUUGAUCCCAUUCAUGUAUUCUGCAGAGAUUGCGCCAUUGAGAAUUCGACAUAAGAUCACAGCAAUGUCGGCGGCAACGAACUGGCUAUUCAAUUUUUUGAUCGCGGAAGUCACACCUGUUGGAUUCAGAAAAAUCGGUUGGAAAUACUAUCUUUGCUACAUGUGCACAAGCACUCUAUGCUUCGUUUUCGUUUACUUCUUCUGUCCUGAGACCAAAAACCGUGGACUUGAAGAUAUCGAUGAAUUCUUCUUGAGGUCUGAUAAUGCUCUCCAGGUCGUGCGCAUCGCACGGGAGCUUCCCCCGGAUGCUGGAAUGUCCAGUGUCAUUGAAUCCAAGGUCGACAAGGCUGAGCACGUUGAGGAAGCCCGGCGUCGGUCUAUUCCAUCCACAAACUGACAUGCUCUUUUCAUUCACAUUGAUCGUCAGAGAUGCUAUUGUAUAAGUAUCGGAAAUAGCAGUUUGGUAGCGAUACGGUAGGAUAGGCGUCGCUUAUAGCCCUUCUGCUCCUCCUGCUGCCGCUGCUGGCUUGCCUAGCCCGCUUGGCCUGUCUCUGGCUGCUCUGGCUUUUGUACAAUAAAGUAGCGUAUAUAUUGCUCUUUAUGGAAGGUCGUCUGUACUUUAACAGGUUUCUAUAGCUGCGUAGUAUGAUCGCCAUACGUAUAUAUAGAGGCUGUUAACCCGCGUGUAAGCUUUAAGCUAUCCUGUUGAUUAAUAUACUUUUUAU